AUGGGGGAUCCAUCAUCCAAGAAGAAGGUCAUAAUCGCAGCCGUGGCCUCCGUUCUGCUGGUGGGAGCCAUCGUGGCGGUUGUGCUGACGACCCGAGGCAGCAGCGAGGAGGCUCAUCCGGAGGUGGAGUCCACGACCAAGGCCGUGGACUCCAUCUGCGCCCCGACACGUUUCCAGGAAACGUGCCACGCCAGCCUGGAAGGGGUGAACACGACCGACCCCAAGAAGCUGAUCGAGGCGGCCAUCGACGUGGCCAUCAAGAAAGUCGGGCACGCGCUCAGCGAGUCGAGCAUUCUUAAAGAGGCCGCCACCGACCCCAUGACGAAGGGCGCCUACGAAGUGUGCCGGGAGGUGCUGGAGAAGGCGGUGUGGGACUUGGAGCGGGCGGUGGACAAGAUCAGCAGCUUCGACGGGUCUAACAUGAAGGCGUUCGUGGCGGAUCUGCGGUCGUGGAUGAGCGCCGUGAUCACGGACCAGGAGACGUGCAUUGACGGCUUCCAGAACACCAAAGGAGAAACAGGGGAGAAGAUGAAGAAUUUGCUCAAGACUGCGAGGGAGCUAUCUAGCAAUGGACUAGCUAUGGUCACAGAUAUAUCCGAGUUUCUUGAAACAUUGCAGCUGGGAGAUCUCCUCGGCGGCGGGGACAGCGACGGUGCCACCACGGGAAAUUCCCGAAAGCUGAUGGCGGAGGAGGCGGAAUCGGAAGGGGAUGCUUUCGUGACUAGGCGGUUGCUUCAAGCGACGGCGUUUCAGACGAAGCCGACGAUAGUGGUGGCAAAAGACGGGAGCGGGAAGUUCAAAAGCAUCACCGAUGCGGUGCAAUCGAUAGCCAAGACUAUUCCUGCUCAUACUAAGAAGAAAGGGGAUAAUGGUGCGUUCUUAGUCAUACUCAUAAAGCCGGGAGUCUACGCAGAGAACGUCGACAUUCCGUGGGGGCUUGACAAACUUGUGCUCAUCGGCGGUGGCCCCUCCACCAAAAUCACCGGACAAAAGAGCGUCAAAGGCGGUGUUCAGAGUUACGCCACCGCCACGCUUGCGGUGAACGGAGAUGAUUUCGUGGCCAAGGACCUCACAGUGGAGAACACAGCGGGGCCGGAAGGCCUACAGGCCCUCGCAGUGCGACUCUCCGGAGACCGAGCCGUGCUCUACAACGUCCGAAUGGAUGGCUACCAGGACACCCUCUGCGCUGACGUCCACCGCCAAUACUUCCGCAACUGCAUCAUCAGCGGCACCAUCGACUACAUCUUCGGCAGCGGUCUGGCCCUCUACCAAGACUGCACUUUCAUCACGCGCAAGCCUAUCCCGGGCCAAGAGUGCGUGGCCGUCGCCCACGGCCGCUCCGACCCCAAGAGCGGCACAGCGGUCAUAAUCCAGAACAGCAAGUUCAUAGCGGAACCGGGGCUGCUGCAGGUGAAACCGCCGGUGCAGGCGUUCCUGGGGCGGCCAUGGAAGAAGCUGGCAAGGACAAUCAUCAUGAAUUCCCAAAUCGACGGCUUCAUCAACGAGACGGGCUGGGCCAAGUGGAUCGAAGACAUAGGCAUCGACACCUGCUUCUACGUCGAGUAUGGGAACAAAGGGCCCGGGUCGAAUGUGGCCAAGCGGGUCAAGUGGAAGGGGAUCCAAACCUUGAACGGUCAGCAAAUCCAAAGCUGGACGGGUGCAAAAGCCUUCGGCGACGACUCUUGGAUCAAGGCAUCCGGAGCUCCCUAUAAUCCUAAUUAAUUAAUACUCCUAUUUAGUUCAGAUUGAUUAUAAUUAUAUGCACUUCCACAUCAUUUC